GUACACUGAGUCUUUUUUUUUCCCAUGUGUCAGAAUAGAGCCUCUCUUUACUACCAUUGGAGUUGCUCUUAACGCCCUGUCCUAUCUCAAAACAGCGUUAUCUUCUGUGUUCCGGGUCGAUCCGAAUUACUGAAUUUCAUCUUCAUCUUCUUCUUCUAGUUGAUUUCAAUAGAGUAGAAAAUCAAAUCUUUUGUGAUUAGCAAGCGGGAAGACAUCACAAGCGGGAAUCUCAUACACUACUAAUUACCCUGGAAUUUGAGAAAAAGUAAGCAGGAAGGAAGACUAUUCCGGAGUACAAAAGAUAAUACUUACCCGUCUGUUUUCUGAGCUACAACAUGGUUCAUGAAGGAGAGCGAAUUAUCAAGAUGGAAGAGGGUAUUUCUGUCACAGAUGAUUAUGAUUCUGGAUAUUUGAUGCAGUUCCAGUCCAGAGAAAGCACUUUCGAUCAAAUUUUGGAAGCACUAAAAGAUUGUAAGAUCUCUCAGGUUGCAUUGUCUGGCAUGGGUGGAUCAGGAAAGACAACCUUAGCAAAACAAGUGGGUGAAAAGGCCAAGCUGUUGAACAUCUUCAACCUUGUUGUAUUCGUUCCUGUGACAUCUACUCCAAGUUUCAUGAAGAUACAAGGUGAGAUAGCUGACCAAUUGAGUCUCAGAUUGGGAGAAGAAGCUGGUCUAGCUGCAAGACAGAGAAAAAAAUCAAUGACAAGUAAAGAACUGGUUCUUAUAAUUUUGGAUGAUGUGUUGGACAGGCUCAACCUGGAAAAGAUAGGGAUUUUUAAUGGUUGUAAUGGAUUGCAGCUUAGAACCAUGGGUAGGCGUAUGAGCUGUAAAGUCCUCAUGACUACAAGUACUCAAGAAGCAGUAUAUAGGAUGGGAUGCCAACCAAGCAUUAACCUGUCUUUAUUAACUGAAGGAGAAGCUUGCGAUCUUUUGAGGAAGCAUGCAGACAUUAGUGACGGCUCCCCUGAAUCAAUUGUUGAAGUAGCAAAACAAGUUGCGAAACAUUGUCAUGGUUUACCCCUUGCAAGUUCAGUGAUUGGAUCCACUUUAAGAGGAAAAACUGUUGACCAGUGGAAGGAAGUAUUAAAAACAAUGCAGAUGCUACCAGUGAAGAGUUUGCAAUGUGAAGCUGACACAUCUAAAUUUAUUCACCAGAUUAUAGAAGUAGGCUAUCAUGAACUGAGCACCAGAGUAACUAAAACCAUAUUCUUAAUAUGUGGUUUGUUUCCAAGUGGUCGUGAUCAUGAACAUGAAGUUCUCAUUGAAGAGCUGUCACAAUAUGCAAUCCGACUAGGCUGGAGGAAAGAUGAAGUGAGAGCAGCCAUCAAUGACCUCAUUGAGUCUAGUUUGCUGAUGCUUUCUGAUAAAAGCAAAGACCAUAUCAUAAUGAGUAGUCUGGUGCGUGACAUUGCUAGAAAGAUGGUUUAUGAGGAUAUCCCUGCCAGCAAGAUGGUUAAUGUUUGUGAUUACAUGUUUGCACAAUAUAAUCAGGAAGAUUUCCAGUGGCGUGUAGCAUUACAUCGACUUCUUCACUUGUUGUAUGGCAGUGCAAAUGAGCUGGCAUCUUCAUCAACGACCAAUGCAACAUUUGCUGAAGAGGGUCUUGAAUUCCAAGAUGUGUCGUCCUAUUCCUAUCCAAAGGUUGCUACAGUUCCUAAGCUAUCAGGGAAAAUGGUGAAUUUUAAAAGGCUGUGUCAGGUGGACAAAUCAUUCCUGCCUCUGCUCAAGAAAGCGUGUGAGAACCACCCCCAGCUGAUUCAUAGCCAGAAAAACCACUCUGAAAUAGUAACACAAAGCGCCUUUGAUAGCUUAGGGCGGGUGCUGUUUCUGUUGAAAAAUGUUGAGAAGAGGGAUUGGGUGUAUCUGGAAGAUGAGUUACGUAUUCUCUGGAAGCAGUUAAACGAGUUCAAAUUUGAUUUGGAAUGGUUAAGUCCUUAUGUGAAAGAGGUGUUCUCUACCACUAAGAUCACCAGGAUUGAAGUACUUCGGGAGAAAGAGAAGGAUUUGAAAGACGAAGCUGCUAAGCUGCGUGCACUGCUUGGAGCUGCAGAGGACGAAGCUGCUAAGCUGCGUGCCCGGCUUGGGGUUGUUGAGGACGGAGCUUCUGAGCUACGCGAACGACUCAAGGUGACCGAGAACAAAGCUGCAGAUGUUAGGGCUGAAGUUGUCCGCAGAGAAUCUGAGAUGAUUGAAUCUGCAAUUGCUAUUGUUAUGGAGUAAAUGGUUAAGCCUUGACUUGUUUCACACGUCAUUUCCACUUGGUGAGUUUAUUUGGUUUUGGUUUAUUCGAAAGACAUUAUGUUACCUUAAGUUUUCAUUUUGAAUACUUUGGUUCCUCGUAUGGUAAAACUUUGUUGCAUCCAAACGUAUGGUCACUAACGCAAUGGCCUCUUUGGAUUUAUAUGAUAAAACUUUGUUGAAGUCUUCUGUUAAUUGGUACGCUUUCGUUGAUUGAAUGCAAUGUUAUCUUUGUAAUUUUUUUUUA